AUGAUUAGACGAGGAUACCUGGCGGAGACCCGGGGUUCAAAGAGGCGUCCUCGAGCCGCUCAUGAAAUAUUCAGGCAGCUAAUCCAAGGCGCCAUCAAUAUUGGCUCAACAGGGGACAUUGUCAUUCAUCAGCUCAAUUUGGGUUGUGAUAAGAUUGAAGCCGACAAGGGGCGACCGAAUGCUCGCUGCCUAAUAGAUUUAGGUUCAGCUGGCGGCCACGAUGAGCACAAAUCUGUUCUCCCGGUAACUUGUUAG